AUGCCUGCCUCGUUACUUUGGUGGCGCUACAUGCUUUUCCUGUCAUGCUUGUUCUACAUUCAGGGGUAUUCCCGUGCUGUGUUCGCUCAUUUCAUGGUCUCAAAUACGGCCGGAUAUUCAGUCUCUGACUGGGAAAAUGAGAUCCAGCUCGCGCAGGAUGCCCAUAUCGACGCAUUUGCUUUGAAUAUCGCAAACGGAGAAGACACCACCUCCACUUCCAUGCCGAGUGCCUUUACAGCCGCCGAAAAGCUCAAAUUCUCUCUUUUCUUCUCCUUCGACUAUGCAGGCAAUGGAGCAUGGGAAAAAGGCGACGUGCUGAGUCUCUUGAACAAAUACGCUUCCAGUGGCGCCUAUUACCUCCACGGGAAAAUUCCACUGGUCUCGACAUUUGAAGGACCUGGCAAUGCCGAUGACUGGGUGUAUCUCAAAUCAAAAAUGUCCCUCUUCUUUGUUCCAGAUUGGUCCUCAGUUGGGGCCAAGCCUGCCAUGGCUUUGGGAGACGGUGUUGCAGACGGGCUUUUUAGCUGGGCUGCAUGGCCGAAUGGGCCAAAUGACAUGAACACCUAUGUUGACGCCUCUUACAUGCAAUACCUGGAAACGAAGCCCUACAUGAUGCCAAUUUCGCCUUGGUUCUUCACAAACCUGCCUGGGUAUGAUAAGAACUGGCUCUGGCGUGGUGAUGAUCUCUGGUAUACCCGGUGGCAGCAAGCGCUCUACCUGGCCCCGGAAUUCAUCGAGAUCAUUUCCUGGAAUGACUUUGGUGAGAGUCACUAUAUCGGCCCCACUGUUGACUACCACAACUCGCUGGCCGAUUCAAUGUACACGGCAUUUGAUACUGGGGAUGCCCCAUACAACUAUGUCGAAAGCUUCGAUCACAGCGGCUGGAGACAAUUCUUGCCUUACCUGAUUGACCUCUACAAGUUCAACAGCACGACCUCAGGAACAGAGGGCCUUGUUGCAUGGUAUCGUCAAAAUGCAGCAGGUGCGUGCGCUGAUGGUGGCACAACUGCCAAUACCGUCUCACAGCUCCAACUGGAGUAUUGGCCCAAGGAAGUGGUCCAGGAUAAGAUAUUCUAUUCAGCACUCUUGUCACAGCCUGGAGAUAUCUCUGUUACGAUAGAUGGUGUGAAUGUCGGCGCAACCUGGACCAACACCCCCAGUGGCAAUGUCGGCAUUUACCAUGGAAGUGUCUCUUUUACCGGUCAUUCUGGGGGCGUGAUAUUGAGCGUGACUACUUCCAGUGGCUCACUCAAAGUUGAUGGAGCGGAAAUCAGCAGUGGAUGUGACAUGGGCGACCAAGUCGAAAAUUGGAAUGCAUGGGUGGGCUACACCAUGGGAAACUCACUCAGCGGAACCUCCCCUGAUCUUGACAAGGAAGUCUGUGUCGAGGGAUGGGGGAUGGGGGAUUUCAAUGGGCUUUGCGAGUUUGCCUGCAGCUUGGGCUAUUGUCCAGUUGGUGCGUGCGUGUGCAUCAAGCUGGGACCUCAUCCAACAUUACCCAAAGCCACAGGCAUAGUCGGCUAUCCAGCUGCAGGCAAAAACGCCAAUUAUGCUGGUCUGUGUUCCUUCACCUGUGAAUAUGGCUACUGCCCGUCAACUGCCUGCGGAACUGUGUCGGUUCCAUUGACGAUUCCGACAGUCUCCCCAUUCACCGCGGACACAUGUGUUGGUGGCUCCGGAGAGGGUGAAUUGGCUGGUCUUUGCAGCUUCGCCUGCAACUAUGGCUAUUGCCCCAUUUACAAUUGCACCUGCACCGCAACGGGUCCAUUGAACGUACCUCCUGCCCAAAACACCUCUGUUGUCGGCUGGGCACCAGAUAUUGAGGAUAAUGGUCUUUGCAAAUUUGCCUGUACCAGAGACUAUUGUCCUUCGCCUGUAUGCCUAGGUUCGACCUCUGACGAUGACGAUGAGGAUGAUGACCCUUGUGAAAGCUGGGAUGAUGACACGGCGGCGAAGUGCAAAGCCACUUCCCCUUGCGAUUUCAGCAUUAAUUACUCCUCUCUCAAGGAUCUGGAUGCAGACCUUGACAGCUUGGAUCCCUAUUGUGUCGAUUACUAUAUGCUUGGUGCAUUGUAUGGAGAACUCGAGACUACUUUGGCCAACUACACGGACAUUGCUGAUACAGCCAAAUACGCCGAAGACUUUAAAGAGUACGCGAAGUACAUGAAAGGGCAGGUUCAACCUCAGCUCAUGAAUUUUAUGAAGGUCAGCGAAGCAAGGGGUGUGCCCAAUGGCGUGGGUAAUUCGUUUUUCGAAUGCACGUACAGCAAGUACGAAGGCAUAAACUCGUCAACGACCGCCUGUCCAGCCGACUUUUUCGGGUCAGAGGAAGAGCAACAUAUCACCUAUUACGAUAUUCUGGACCGAGAAGGCUUCUACAGCAAUCUCACGGCAGACUGCGGCGUUGAGGCUGAAUGGGUAACCCUCGAUGGUGGCAUGUUCUUGGGAGAAAAACAGGGGCCUUACUAUGGUACCAGCAGGCCUCACUGCGACGUGCUUCCGAGUUGGGGAUACAGUUGCCGUUGGUGGCAGGGAUUUCCCGUCCCAGCCAAGGAGAUCACUGUCACUGACCCUCGCGAUGUCAUGAAAAAGGCUUUGCCAAAUAUCCCCAACCUCCAAAUCUCGAUCAUUUCGACCCAGCUUAGCAUCGCAACCGGAAGCUUUAGCGGCGUGAUAGACGAUGUUGUUCAGACCAUAUCCACCGCUGUCUUCACGCUAAGUCAGCUAGUCGAUCGCAUGUACAAUGUCGUCGAUAUAGAAAAAAAGAAAAUACUGGAGAUCAUCGGUGCUGUAUUCAUGGCAUUGCCUUUCUUGGGUCCGAUUUCGGGGCUUGGGGAUGUCAUUGAAGGCUUUGAUGCAAUACUCGCUUUGGCGGGGACCGCCGCAAAUGAAGGCUACGAUAUCUACAGUAUGGUGCAGAACCCUGACAGUGCUCCAGUGGCGGUUCUCGGUAUGCUGUUGGGCUUUGACGCUGGUGCAGCCGUUGGUACAAUCAGUGAUGAAUCAUUGAACGCCUUUAGAUACGAUACUCUUGCUGCCUCUCGACGUGGCAUGAAAGACGAGGAGAUAAAGGGUUUCGGAAAUCUGUUUGAAGCGAAAUUGAGUCAAGUUGAUUCCAUGGUUAGCAAGUGUUUGAGACGUUGA